GGUCGCGCGCGCUGGGUCUCAGUUGACAGUUGAGUGCCGUGAGUGUCGGGCGCAGCAACACCUCUCCGUUAAACUCCUCUCCACACACACAUACGCUCAAGAUGAGAGAGAUCGUACAUGUCCAGACUGGCCAGUGCGGCAACCAGAUCGGCACAAAGUUCUGGGAAAUCAUCAGUGACGAACAUGGCCUCACAGCAGCGGGCACACUACGAGAGAACGUUCCCCACGAUGUCCGGGAACUACAGCUGGAGAGGAUCAACGUCUACUACAGUGAGGGUGCCCCAGGGAAGUACGUGCCCAGGGCCGUCUUAGUAGACCUGGAACCCGGGACCAUGGACUCCGUCAAGGCCGGCCCGCUAGGAGAACUCUUCAAACCCAGCCACUAUGUUUUCGGUCAGUCAGGAGCGGGUAACAACUGGGCCAAGGGUCACUACACUGAAGGAGCUGAGCUGGUGGACUCUGUGCUGGACGUGGUGAGGAAGGAGGCGGAGAACUGCGACUGUCUACAAGGGUUCCAGAUGACACACUCACUGGGAGGCGGCACCGGGUCUGGUAUGGGCACCCUCCUCAUCUCCAAAAUCAGGGAGGAGUUCCCAGACAGGAUCAUGAACACCUUCUCCGUCGUCCCCUCCCCCAAGGUUUCCGACACUGUGGUAGAGCCAUACAACGCCACGCUCUCCAUCCACCAGCUCGUGGAGAACACCGACCAGACCUACUGUAUCGACAACGAGGCGCUCUAUGACAUCUGCUUCCGUACACUCAAGCUGGCCAACCCCACCUACGGCGACCUCAACCACUUGGUGUCCCUGACCAUGUCUGGGGUCACCACCUGCCUCAGAUUCCCCGGACAGCUCAAUGCCGAUCUCAGGAAACUGGCCGUCAACAUGGUGCCCUUCCCCCGUCUCCACUUCUUCAUGCCCGGGUUCGCGCCCCUCACGGCUCGCGGCUCCCAGCAGUACCGCGCCCUCACCGUCCCUGAACUCACCCAACAGAUGUUCGACGCCAAGAACAUGAUGGCCGCCUGUGACCCUCGCCAUGGACGCUACCUCACCGUCGCCGCCGUCUUCAGAGGCAAGAUGUCCAUGAAGGAAGUCGAUGAACAGAUGUAUAAUAUCCAGAGCAAGAACUCCUCCUACUUCGUGGAAUGGAUCCCCAACAACGUCAAGACGGCCGUGUGCGACAUCCCGCCCAGAGGAAUCAAAAUGGCUUCCACCUUCAUCGGCAACUCUACAGCCAUCCAGGAGCUGUUCAAGCGUAUCUCCGAACAGUUCACAGCUAUGUUCAAGAGGAAGGCUUUCCUCCAUUGGUACACAGGCGAGGGUAUGGACGAGAUGGAGUUCACGGAGGCCGAGUCCAACAUGAACGAUUUGGUCUCCGAGUACCAGCAGUACCAGGAGGCCAGCAUCGACGACGAGGAGGACCUGGGAGAGUACGAGGAGGACGCCGAACCAGAUACUGCUUAAAAUCAUUAUUCCAUUUGACCUCUGACCUGCCCUGCGCCGGUCACUCACCUACCGCAGUUAAUCAAAGGCGUCUUGGUUGAGGACAAAACAUGUUAGAGUUACAGUGUUGUGCUCAGGACCAAGACAAACCCUGGUCAUGACCACAAUAAUCUUCUCCAGUGUUUGUACCUCCGCCUCAAUCAUUCUCCUGGGAUGAUAAAAAUCCUGUCGGCAAAUGAGUCCCCGAAGUAACUCGUCCGAGGAAGUCUCGAACUGUAGAUCGCCCUCAACGACCCGACGUCCGCACUAACACACCGCCUCCAGGAGCAACAGCCGCUCCUACUCACCAACACCAUCCAGGGGCCCCCCCUAGGCCUCCACACCAGUCACCUGUCAAAGUCACUCACCUUCACAACACAGCAGACGUCUUGUGAAUGAUCACACGACGUCCAGUGCAGGUCCUCAUGUGUCCAGGUGAGGAGACCAGCUAAGGAUGGUGACAGCCACCUCAGGUGGGCCACAGAUGACAGAGUGUGGAGGCCGGGGGUGGCCCUCUUGAGUGACAACUUGUCUCGUCCGCUCAACAGUAACACGUCGGAUGUCAACGAUGCUUCACUUACCGCGGCGCAGGAGUCGUCCCCCUCUCUCCCCCCUCCAUCAUCCCCCCCCUCCCCUAUUCCUCCAUCUGGUACCCAAACACUUUUAUCAUUUAAUCUAAGUAAGAAUUUUUAAAAAGAAGGUAGAAUUAUAUAGCUUUUAUACGAAAUAAUUAUAACCAUACCUACGACACCUGACUUUCUUCUGGGCUAAGACAACACAAGCAGAAGGAGGGCGGCGUGUGACGUCACCAGGGAGGCGUGGCACCUUAAUAUAUCACCACCAAGAGUUCCUGACCCUUGCUGCCCCGAGCCUUAACCCUCGCCCACUCGCGACCCAGGCUCUUUAUCCCGCCCACUCGCAUCCCGCGGAAAUGCUUCCCCGCCCAUAAAACGGGAAGAUAAUACGCCCUUCACCCCCGCCCAUACGUAGCCAAGGGCACACCAAUCGCCCCAUAGUCCCACCCGCUUGUCCCCCGCCCACACAGGGACUCGGGUCCACUACCCCCCCAUCCCUCCUGCCCGCCCAUGGCGAUAAAUAUCUAGGCCUCGACCUGCGCACGCCCACCCUCCGCCUCUUCACAUUCCUCGCCCUACACGGAGCUUUCAGUGUGGGCAUGUGGACGUGGGGUUAGUUUAACCCGCCCGCGGGACGACGCCCACAGGCCAACCUCCGCCCACACCAAGUCUAACACGGCACAAAUAAAGUCACAAAAUUCC